UUAACGUUAUCCAAAAGAAACAAUGGAGAAGGAAGAAACUCAUGGCUAUUCUCUUUACACCUCCACAAUGCAGUAGAACCUUCUCUUCUCCUGUAUUCAACAACCACGUCGCCGGAGAAACCACUCUCUCUCCUCACUCCUUAAAGCUGAAAACUUCCUCCGCCGAGAACUGGUGUUCCCGUUUCCGGUCAAAAUCUCUCAGCUUGGCGUUCUCCGGAGCUCUAGCUCUCGGUUUAUCUCUAUCCGGCGUUGGAAUUGCAGAAGCAGCUAAAGUGGGAGUUAACAAACCAGAACUGCUCCCAAAAGAGUUCACUUCUGUCAUAGACGUUGCUGGUUUCCUCUCUGAUGGCCAGGAGAAGAGAAUCGCUGAAGAAAUCUCUGAUCUUGAGAAAGACACAGGGUUUAAGCUAAGAGUCUUGGCUCAAAACUAUCCUGUUACACCCGGACUAGCUAUCAAGGAUUACUGGCAAGUUGAUGAUAGCACUAUCGUGUUUGUCGCUGAUCCCACUUUUGGGAACAUAUUGAAUUUUAAUGUUGGGGCUAGUGUUGAUUUGGACAUACCUCGUAGCUUCUGGAGUCGUUUAGCUGGGAAAUACGGCAACAUGUUUUACUGGAAAGAGAAGGGUGAAGAUGCAUCCAUUGAAGCUGCAGUGAUGGCAAUAUCAAGUUGCUUAAGGGAACCAGUUGGUGCAAAUAACUGUGCAGAGGUUUACUGAAUGUAUGUCCCAGAGAAAAUGUAUGUUGUAAGUUGUAACACUGUAUAAACAUUGAUACUAUAUGUGAUAAUAAGAGUAUACAUGAUGAAUCUGACAUCAACUUUAUGUAGCUUUUUUACUGUGUG